AUGUCUCCUCUCUCCCGUGUCCGUGCCAAAGGCCGGCCGACAACCGACUACGAGCGAUGGCUCAAUUACAACCCCGACCACGAACUAUCCUCACCUCCCAAGUACAAUCCAGACCAAAAAUACCGCUACGGUGGCUCGCCAGUCGGGUACGCUCCGAAUCGUCAGCUGAUGUUCAACACCCACCCCAAUAGGCCACUACUAAAUCCAUCGCACCCCCGUCACCCUCGAAGACCAUCACACUCGCAAGGCCUCAUUCGCGGAAUCACCUUCUUCUGUGCCGUUCUAGUGGUCAUCGUCGUCAUCCGGAUGUUUGUGGUCUCAUUGAUCCGCGCAUCUCAGCGCCGCCGAGAGAUCGAGCAACAAAUCCAGGAUACAACCAGACGGCAAGAAGUCCCAGCCAUUUACGUGGAUAAUAACGAGCUUGACGAGCUACAAACAUGA